AUGCAUAAGUGUGUUGCAUUGUGUUUCACGAUUCUGGCUCUUGUGCUAGCAACCCUUCUCCCUAUCGCAGAAUCAACGCUGCAACCAAAAGCUCCAAAUUUCCAAUAUUUUGAAAGGCCAAAGUACAGGUAUCCUUACUACGACGAAAACGGAAAAGGGAAACUACUAUACGGCUAUGGAGGACCGGAGCUGUACCAGUACAAGAGCUUCUCACCUUUGGACGGUAUUCAUUGA